AUGAGGUAUGAAUCAAAUUCGAAAAUUUAUAAAAUUUAUUCAUAUACAGUAGUUAAAGAUUAUUAUAAUCCAAAUAUGGAUUGUUUUGGUGUAGAAACUGUGGAAAAAAAUUAUUUUACUGAUAAUUUUUCAAAUUGGACGAGUGAAAAUUAUGAUAUUAAUGAAUUAAUUAGAGAUCCUCAGAAAAAAGCAAAGGAAUUAACAGAUUAUAUAGAAUGGAUACCUUAUAGUGAAUUUGGAGAUAUGACACGAAUUGACGAAGGUAGAUUUGGUACAGUUUACCGUACUAUAUGGAAAAGUGGCCCUUUAACUAUGAUAAGGGGAAAAAUUGAAAGAUCUGAACAAAUUUAUGAAGAAUUAAGCCAAUCUUUUUUUAACGGAGGAUUAGGUCAAUUGCAUGAAAUAUUAGAACACUUUUAUAAAUUCGGACCAAUAUCAAUCUAUUUAAGACCAUGUAAUGUUGCUAUUAAAAUACUUAAUCAUUCAGAUGAUAACAUGGAAAACUUUUUGAAUGAAUUAAAAGCACAUAUAAAAUCAGGACUUGUACACCGUGAUCUUCAUGCUGGUAAUAUUUUAAUUGGAUAUGAUAAUAAUGCAUAUUUAGCAGAUUUAGGAUUAAGUUGUUUAGAAAAUGAACAACAAUCUAAAUUUAAUUAUGGUGUUUUACCAUUUAUUGCUCCUGAAGUUUUAAGAAAUCGUAAAUAUACUUUCGCUUCUGAUGUUUAUAGUUUUGGAAUAAUUAUGUGGAUGUUAACAUCCGGACAAUCUCCCUUUGACGACUAUGAAUAUGAUCAUUCAUUAGAAAUGGAAAUAUGUAGAUGUUGGAAUCCUGAUCUAUCAAAAAGACCUCCAGCUAUUGAAUUAUAUAAUACAUUUAAAUUUUGGUAUCUUGGUAAAUGUUAUCGUCAAUUUAAAAAUGCUGAUCGAUUUUCCGCAUUGAGAGAAUUGAGAGAAGUAAUAAAUUCUGAUCAAUCUGAUUUAUCAACAGUUCCUAUUCAACAUCAUUUAGAAUUUCGUCCUUAA